AGUUACGGCACCAAGUUGCACACGGAUGGCUCUUCAAUUUUUCGCCGGAGAUUGAAGCGCCAUUGUUUUAAUUUACAAUUGUGACAAUUCGGCCGGGGAUGCUUGACUGCCUCCCCUUUUUCCCCCCUGGGAAAGUUCCCCGGGGAAAUGGCAACUAUAAAAUAUGACAGGGCAAUUGUCAAGGCUUUUAGUUGAACUUCAAGCGUUUUGUCAACAUGUUCCGAGGUUUUCCGCUGCUCUGUCUGCUGCUCUUUUCGGUUGUCCGUUCGGAAAACUGCGAUCAGGAUACGGGAACCACUUUAUAUUGUCGCGGAGAACGGGCUCUGCGAAAUGUCCUGCGGAACUUAAACCGAAGCGAUAAACCCUUGGUUGUGGUUAGGGGACUUGAGAUAGUUCCUCUACAGAACAAUUCAGUCUUCGAAGAAGAACAGGAACAAGACCAGAGUCUGCUGGACAGUCUCUCCUUUUACUUGCGCACCCACGAAAUCAAUGUCAAGUUGGCCGAUCUUCUAGAGGACGAAGCGCAAGUUUCAGAGGCCCGCAAAAAGGACAAGGGUCAGGGGAUGCUUUUGGCCAUGGCUCUGAUGUUCGGCAAGAUGAUGGCCGUGAUGGGACUGGGCGGAAUCGCUGCGCUGGCCAUGAAGGCGCUGGGCGUGUCCUUGGUGGCCCUGAUGAUGGCCGGGCUGCUGGGCCUCAAGUCGGCCGCCCAACACGGUGGGGAGAGCAGCCACAGCAUAUCGUACGUGACCGGCGAGGGACACCAUCACAAGCGGAGGCGCCGGGCGGCCGGUCAGCAAACCUUGGCCUACAGCGGCUGGAACUGAGCGACUGAAUCCGCUGACGUGCAUUUUGUUAGUUCUUGUGUAGCACUUAAGUAAUUUAAUAAUUUAUCCAUCAUGCAACA